GGCGCGGGUCAGUCUGUCGGGCAACCGGUCGCUCUCUCGUUUCUCGCUCUGUCCGCGCUCUCCGCUCGACUCGAGCGUUCUCCACGCUCCGAGACUCGAUACGCGACACUCGAAUCGAAAUUUCGAACGCCGAACCUCGAAUCCGAACCCGAUCUCUAUCUCUGUCUCUAUCUCUAGCUCUCUAGCUCUCUGUCUAUCUCUCUUUCUCUAUCGGAGCAAGUGUCGUCGUCCAUCGUCUGUCAUAUCGAGAGCGUAUCGUGCGUUUUUCCGCGUACAAGUGUGUCGGAAUUAUUUACGGGCAAAGUUCACCGAUCGCGCCGCCCGUUUGCCCGCCGUUUUGUGAACUCGUCGAAUCCUGGUGUCCGUAGCGAUGCGCGCGCCUCGUCGCGCACUCGGACGAUCGACUUAACCCCGGCUCGUGAGUACCGCGAGUCGACGACCCCUUGCAGAGGUGCGGUUUCCCUACCGGUCGUCGAGAACGAUCGUCCUCGUCGAUUGUUCCAUCUGGCGCUCGAUCGGAAGAGUGCGGAAGAAUGCGGGAAAGCCCGUUGGAGAUGAUCGGUGGGCAGGUAACGACUGUUCUCGGAACGAACCGACGACCGAUCUCCUCUCGAUAAUAGUUGACAGACGAGCGAGGUUCGGGAAGCAGAGCGCGAGGUGAUGUUGCUGGAGUCGCGAAAUCUCGCCGGCAGGAAGAGAAACGGAUUGACGCUGUCUUCGUUCGGUGGUGGAGGUGGCGGCUGCGGGGGUGGAGGCGGAGGUGGAGGAGGAGGAGGAGGAGGAGGAGGAGGAGGAGGUGGCGGCGGCUGCGGUGGUGCCGGCAGCGAGGAAGACGACGAAGAAUCUCGACAUCUGUUUCUUGGAAGAAAAAUGCAGACCGAGGGUGCCACCGCCUCCGCGGUUUCCGCCGGCUUGUCACCCGGCUGCACGCGCGACGAUGGCGACGAGAGCUCCAGCCCUUCGCCGAACGGUAGCCUCUUGAACAAUCUCAACAACAACUGCAACUCGAACCGCCAAUGCGCCACCGACUUUAGCAUCGCGGCCAUCAUGGCCCGCGAUUCUAGACAACAGCAGCAACAGCAACAGCAACAGCAACAGCAACAGCAACAGCAGCAGCAGCAACAGUCGCAGACGUCACCGUCGCAGCAGCAACAGCAGCAGCAACAGCAGCCGCUUCAGCAGCAAACCCAGUCGCAAUCGCAGCAACCGUAUCAUCAUCGCCAGUUGCAGCAACAGGCCGUCGGCGGAGGGAAAUUGCAUCAACACGAAAGGGAACCGAGCGUCUCUGGCGUGGUCCGUUCCGGUGCACCACCGAUUCAGGAAACGAUCGUCGCGGAAGACGAUCCGGAGACGGACGACGCCGGAAGCACCAGCGGCAAGGCAGCAUCUCCCGUGAAUCCUCUUCUUCAGGAACGGACCAACUGCGAAGAGCUCAAGCACGUGAUGUGUCAUCUAGAGACGAAGGACUUGUGGGAUAAAUUCAACGAACUGGGCACCGAGAUGAUUAUCACGAAAACUGGCAGGAGAAUGUUCCCAACGUGCAGAGUGUCGUUCAACGGGCUGAAGGCGGACAGCCGAUACGCGGUACUGAUGGACAUCGUUCCGGUGGAUAACAAGAGGUAUCGGUACGCGUAUCACAGGAGCUCGUGGCUGGUAGCCGGUAAGGCCGAUCCACCGGCGCCCGCUCGCCUCUACGUGCACCCGGACUCACCUUUCACGGGCGAGCAGCUUCGAAAGCAGGUCGUCUCGUUCGAAAAAGUCAAGCUGACCAACAACGACAUGGACAGGCACGGGCACCUGGUGUUGAACUCGAUGCACAAAUACCAGCCGAGGAUUCACCUGGUGAAGCGGCCGGAGUCGGGCACCGCCAAGCCAAUAACGGACCUCGAGAAGGAACCUCACAAGACCUUCAUAUUCCCAGAGGCGAUAUUCACCGCUGUCACCGCCUAUCAGAAUCAACUCAUCACGAAGCUCAAGAUCGACAGCAACCCGUUCGCCAAGGGGUUCCGUGACUCGUCCCGUUUGACCGACUUCGAGAGCUUCCCUUUCAGGGAAACGAUGGAGUCGAUGCUGGCCGAGCAGCAGUCGCUGAGGUUUCCCCAUCGGCUACCGUUCGAGAUGGAUCAGCUUCAGGCCGGCGCAGCGGCCGUGGGCAACCUCAGCCUGGAAGAGAAGGCGCUGUGGGCGGCGCGGUCGCAGAUGCUGCUUCGUGCUGCCGCAGCGGUCGCCGUCAGCCCGUACGCUCAGUUGGUCGGUCCGGCGGCGCUCGUGUAUCCUGGCGCCUCGUCCGCUGCUGGUACCAGCCAUCAACAGCAGCAGCAACACCAACAACAACAGCAGCAACAACAACAGCAACAACAACUCGGACACCUGUGGUGGGCGUCGUCGAUAGGGCCGACAUUGUUCGCUGCUGCCCACCAUCAACAGCAACAGCAGCAGCAACAGCAACUGGCAGGAUCGAGCACACAGAGCCCAAGCACCACUGGUCCAGCGGCGCCUCGACCUCUUUAUCCGUCGGCCUUGGCCUUGGCGCAUCAUCGUUUCUCCCCCUAUCACAUGGCCACUGCGGCGCCCAAAUCGUCCACACCGAUUGGCCCUUCUCUUUCACCUUCGCCCUCGCGAAGGGCGACACCAUCGCCGACCGACAGCCUCGGCAGAGACGGCCAGGAUCUGUCGCCAUCGUCGUAGUCGACGUCGUCGCGGUUCCUCUCGGCGCCGCUGUAUCGCGCGCGAACGGCGCUUCCACGACCACGGGACCACUCGACUCAAUCCCCGUCGCGUUUACUCGUUGGAGAACUCGCGUCAGAAGAACUCGAUCG